UCUUUAUUCUUUAUUCUCAUUCGUUCUAGAAAAAAAACAAACGCUUCCCACUUAUAUCACUUUCUCAUACAUACAUACAUACAAAACACACCAGACAAACUCAACAGACAAAACAUUCUACUCAUCAACAAGCUAUGGGACUCAAAUAUCGAACUUAUCUGAACAGUACUAUUAUUUAUGGUUGCAAUCAUUGUAAGACACACUUAUCAACAGGGGAUGCUCUCAUAUCAAGGCGAUUUCAAGGUCAACAUGGUCAGGCGUUUCUAUUCAAUUUUGUGGUGAACAUCAUUGCUGGAGAAGCCGAAGAACGAAGCAUGACGACGGGUGUUCAUGUAGUACAAGAUAUUUCAUGUUGUCAAUGUAAAACGGUACUUGGUUGGACCUAUGUCAAGGCGUAUGAUGAUGAAAACAAGUACAAGGAAGGAAAAUUCAUAUUAGAAAAGAAAUUAUUAACGGACGUACAUUAGAUAAGUAGAUUUUUUUUAUUAUAUAUGAUAGUAUUGUGUGCUUCCUUUUUUUAUAUUUUAUCUUCUCUCUCUCUCUUUUUUUUUUUUUUAACAUUACCUAUAAUGCAUUUUCUCCCCUUUUCACGAUUGUUUAUUUUUUCCUGCUUUUUAUUCCCUUUGUACCUUUUCACUUCUUUUUUUUUGUUGUUGCUAUUCAAGAAUGAUUAUGCAAUCAUAGGAUAUUCCCCUUCUCUUCCUUCCACCCUACUCUUCUAGUUGUAGUCAUAGUCAUUUCCCAUGAUUGUUUCCCCUUUUUUAUUUUACAUUGAACACUUUUUAUCACAUCUGCACAUUAUUUACAAUCUUAUUGUUUUGUUUUUUCCCUUCUUCUUCUCAAAUGAAUUCUUUAUUAGAUUCAAACAAUAAAUAUAAAACCCUAUAUAAACAACAUCAUCCUCAUCAAAAUAAU